GAAAUCACGUGAACGAAGCCACGUCACGUGAACGAAGCCACGUCACGUGACACACAAAAGGAAAGCAGCCAGGAAGUGAGACGAGGGCAGACAGUCGAGUCACAGCGGUGUAGUCAUUGUGAUGGCGACCGCUAAGAAACUAACAGACAACCACCUCACCUGUGUCAUCUGUACAGAGGUGUUCACAGACCCUGCCACACUUGAAUGUAAUCACACAUUCUGUAAGUCCUGUCUGCUAAAAUACACCAACACCCAGCCUGAUGCAAUACAAGCAAAGUGCAUCCCAUGUCCCUCAUGUAGACAACCGACGAAGGUGACCAACCCUGACAGUCCAGUAGAAGAGUGGGUCGGUCAGCUGAAACCAAGCCACGUUAUCCAGGGGCUGAUGGACGACUUUGGACCCGGGGCAGAAGCUGCCCAUCUGAAUAUCUGCAGUGUUUGCAAACAACAAGGGAAGACAACUCCUGCCUUAUCGUGGUGUUCCGUCUGUGACGAUGCCUUCUGUGAUGGAUGUCUGAAGAUGCACAACAUGAUGCCAAUGCUACGUGACCAUGAAAUUGUGAAUGCGUCUGAUGCUACCAAGAGAAAAGCUAAGCAUCGCUUCAUGUGUAAAACCCACAAAGACAAACAGAUAGAGUUGUUCUGUAAAGAUUGUAGGAUGGCCAUUUGUCAUUCAUGCUGCAGUAUAAAACACAGGAAAUGUGACAAUGUCGAUACUUUAGAUAGUCUGACCCCUUUUGUGAGAGAACACCUGUCAAAUCAAAACCAAGAACUGAAAAUCAAAAUGACAACUUCAGAAAAUAAAAUUAUCUUUAAGAAAUCUCAAAUUAAAGAAAUAAAUUCCAAUGCGCAAAAUAUCAAAGAUGAUAUCAGAAAAUCACGACAGGCAGUGGUAGACAUGAUUUUAAGGAAGGAGAAACAAUUCCUUGAUAAAGUCGACCGAUCUUCCGACGAACAAUUACAUGCAAUUCAAGCAGAAAUAAAAUCCCAGGAGAUUGAGCUGCAGAUGUACCAGCAGCAGUAUGAGUUCACAGCCAAUGCUGUGACGUCCAACUGUGAGAGGGACAUGUAUGCCGUCUAUGAGUCGGUGUGUGAGGCGUAUACAGACAUCAGAGACACGGACAACAGACCAGCGCCAGGAAGGGUUGUAUUCAGAAACGACAUGGACAACAGAACAGCGCAAGGAAGGGUUGUAUUCACACACGACAUGGACAAGCUGAGUAAAGCAGUGGAUGAGCUACAGCUGGGGGAGGUUGCUGUUGUCCGUGGUGUGAGUGACCGCCAGUCUACCCCUGUUCUACAUCACACUAUUGACUGUAAGGCGGACGGGGAUAAGGAGGAUCCCUUAUUGUGUGACGUCACAGUGUUAUCUGUUGACGGUAUAAAUGUGACAGUAUUUGCCGAUUACAAUAACAACAGCCUCAAAACAUGUUACACAUCAAAACCAAACACGCAUGUUAAUCAGCUACUGCUUUCUAAUAGACCGUUGCGAAUAGCAAAGUUAAGUGAGAGUCAGGUAGCUGUCAGUGUUCCACGGAGUAAGCAAAUAGUUACAGUGAAUGUCACCCCAGAGCCUGUAUUGCUGUCAACUAUCAAAACAAGCAAGACGUACUACGCCCUGGCCUAUCUGAGUCCUUCACAGCUGGUGGCAGGUACAUAUGGAGAGUCUCACUCUGUGGACAUACUGGACAUGACAGGGAAGAUACUGAAGUCUGUCAACACAGAGGUCAUAAGGAAUCCAGACUUUAUCCAUGUCACCAGUAAUAACAACUUGAUAGUCAGUGAAGGGGGAGUCAAGUCCCUUGUAUCUGUGACCAGUGAAGGAGAAGCUGUUUUCACCUACACUCCCACAGGAGACAGAGCCUUGACAGGGCCUCAGGGUAUCACAACAACCAGCAGUGGAGAUAUCCUGCUUGUAGACUGGGCCUCCCACAAGGUGAUUCAGCUGACAGAGUCGGGGCGGUUUGUCAGAGAUGUCCUCACACAACAGGAUGGUCUGUCAUGUCCUCGUGGUAUCUGUACAUGUCUUGAUGGGGACGGGUUUCUGUAUGUUACGUGUGACACAUAUGUAAAAGUAUUCACAUUUGUACAAUCUGUACAUAAUCAAAUAACAUAAAACAAUUCCUGAAUCAGUCCAAAACCUGGUCUUGCUCGUUGCUGAUUUCAAAGGUAAUUCACAAAGUUAACUCAAUGAUCAGCUGAUCCCAAGAAGCCCAAUCUCACAGCAUUACACCUGAGAUCACGUGACAUGAGUCAGCUGACCUAGAACAGUGAUAUUAUUUCUUGUUUUACAUACCGUAUGGUGUCAGUGAAUUCCUUAACCUGUUGAAUUGUUAAUCAUGAUUGAAUUCUGUUUGUAGUUUUAUGUAUACAGAUACAUUUUUUAAGUUGGUGCUCGUACGUCUUCAUUGACAUUCUCGCAGAAACGUCCAGCAGUUCAUAACAUAGACUUUCUGUCGGCAAGAGUGGUGUCAACUUAUUACGUACGAUCAUUGUUAUUUAAAGUUUGUGAUAAUGCUACGGCCGUGUUAGUGAUGGAAGCUCUGUAAAAUAUGAAAAUACAAACCAACGAAAAGAAGCUCUCGCUGUCAAAAUAUAUCCAAGCGUUUCAGAGCCGUUAUCGCUCGAGCUGUUUUGAAGGAAAACGGGGCUUUAAAACCCAGAAAUUAAAGGGGAUGCGAUGCCAUGGUUUAAUCACUUACUCUCAUCAUUUGUUAGAUAUCGCCCAGAUACAUGUAUAUAUGGAAGAAACUAUAGAAAUAAUUGUAAGGAAAUAAGUAGCGAUUCCAUUGAUUAGUAUAUAUCACUGAAGAUCAUUAUACAAUGAAUUACUGCAAUUUAAAGGUCCAAAGUUGAAAACUGUAAAACCUCUUUGAUAAAUUUUAAAUUAUCAUACUUGGUCUGUCAGCUAAAUACACGGUUUGGUGUAAGGUCGCCAUCCUACGUAACGUUUAAAGGUUUUCUUCCAACAUGAAGCCGACACAUGGUGAUAUAACUAAUAUAUUCAUAGCAGCUUUAACAUCCAACCCUAUAUAAUUACUUAACAUAGUGUCAAAUUUCAGAAAUACAGCGUCGUUUAGUAAACAGAUGUCAGAAUUCCUGAUGGUAUUGAGCCUUGUCUUAUUAACAGGUACAAUUUCAAACACUAAAGCAUUAAACACAUGUCCUCACAA